AUGACUUUCUCAAAAAGCUUCCUAGGGUCUCUACUUCUUGCAGGGGUUGGCAUUGCCUCGCCGAUUAGUCACCAGUCUCCUCGUGGAGCACCGCCUUAUGGACUGCGUGGUUCUCGCCCAGCCAAUUCGACCGUUUUUCUUGACUCGCAUGCAAGCCACUCCAAUCCGGGAGUGGCCACUGCGGACAGCGUCAACACCUUGUCAUUCAACAACUGGGCUGGCGCCAUCCUCGAAUCAUCCGGUGUCACUAGUGUGGUAGGAACUUUCACCAUCCCUCAACCCCAGCUGCCAUCCGGAGCCGAUUCUUCAACUUCGUAUUGCGGUUGUGCUUGGCUUGGAAUUGAUGGUGACUCCGACGUUUGCCCGAAUGGCGGGCUUCUACAGGCAGGCACCGCUUGGUGCAUCCAGGGUAACACUCCUUCAUUUUAUGCAUGGUACGAAUGGUGGCCCGCCCAAGAGAUGAUCACUUUCGACAACUUCGAUGUCACUGCGGGAGAUGAAAUCACCGUUACUAUUACGGCAACGAGCACGAGCACCGGGUACGCACUGCUUGAAAAUGUGAGCCAGGGUACCAGUGUCCGCCAUACCUGGAAAACCGAGUCUCCAUCCCUCUGUGAAGCCACUGGAGAGUGGAUUGUGGAGGAUUUCUCGGAUAUUUCCAGUGAUGGUUCAACUUCUUUGGCACCAUUUGCCAACUAUGGCCAAGUGACUUUCACUGGCAAUUCUGCUACCGUUAAUCGCCAGACUGUUGGGAUUUCACAAGCCCAACCUGUGAACAUGGUGCAAAAUGGCUAUACCAUCAGUCAAUCCACCAUAUCUAAUGGGAAAGUGGUUGUUACUUAUGAAGGUUAAGGUGUCGCAUCUGCAACACAUAUACGCAACUAGCGUAGUGGUCUAGUGGGAUGACCAGCAAAAGGCAGGAACGGGUUUCAUUUUUCAUAUAGCAGAAUGACAGAACGAUGUGUUGAAAAUGGAUGAACAAAUCUUUAUU